GCCCCCAGUGAGAGAGCAGGGAUGACAGUGAUGCAAGGCAUGCUCCUGAGCAGCCUGCAGCCUAUCCACACCGCCCGGACCAGUUUGGACUAUACUCCUCAUUUACAACUCUCCAUCUGUUCCCCACCGCCUGUCUGCACCUUAGUUUGGCUUGAGCGCAUUUUAAGCAACAGACGCUCUCAAACUGGUUCUUUUUUUGGUCAUGAUUUUAACAUCUUUUCAAUGAUUUUGGAUCCCAAAACUCGCAGUUGUCCAUUCUUCCAAAUGCUUCGCCUGCCAGUGACGCUUUGCAUGUGGGUCUAACCGGUGGUUCCAGUCUGCGUCCAGGCACAUCAGGAGAAAAGAAAAGAAGCUUGCACGGGGAAUAUUUGAUUCUUUUUUUUAUUAUUUAGAAAUUCCUCUUUAUCAUUUGGAAGCGCAUCCACUAUUUUGCUCCCACAAUGGCUGAUGCCAACGCUGAAUGCAAUAUCAAGGUGUUGUGUCGAUUCCGUCCUCUGAACCAGUCCGAAAUUAUCCGCGGAGAUAAGUUCAUCCCAAUAUUUCAGGGAGAAGACACUGUCAUCCUCGGGGGGAAGUCGUACGUGUUUGACCAGGUGUUUCCCACGAACACCACACAGGAGCAGGUCUACAACACUUGUGCCAAACAGAUCGUCAAAGAUGUGCUGGGUGGAUACAAUGGGACUAUCUUUGCCUAUGGGCAGACUUCCUCGGGAAAGACACACACCAUGGAGGGGAAUCUUCAUGAUGCCAAGGGAAUGGGAAUCAUUCCCCGGAUCGCAGAGGACAUUUUUGAACACAUAUUUGCCAUGGAUGAGAACCUAGAAUUCCACAUAAAGGUCUCCUACUUUGAGAUCUACUUGGAUAAAAUCCGGGACCUACUGGACGUGACAAAAACCAACCUGUCAGUGCACGAAGACAAAUACAGAGUUCCUUAUGUGAAGGGCUGCACUGAGCGCUUCGUCACAAGUCCAGAGGAGGUGAUGGAUGUGAUAGAUGAGGGGAAGGCCAACCGACACGUUGCUGUCACCAACAUGAAUGAGCACAGUUCCCGCAGUCACAGUAUCUUCCUGAUAAACAUCAAACAAGAAAACGUGGAGACAGAGCAGCAGCUGAUUGGGAAGCUGUACCUGGUCGACCUAGCUGGCAGUGAGAAGGUCAGUAAGACAGGCGCAGAGGGAGCAGUGCUGGAUGAGGCCAAGAACAUCAACAAGUCUCUGUCGGCUCUGGGGAACGUCAUUUCAGCUUUGGCUGAAGGAACGAAAUCCCAUGUGCCAUACCGAGACAGCAAAAUGACUCGCAUCCUGCAGGACUCGCUGGGCGGGAACUGUCGCACCACGAUGUUUAUCUGUUGCUCUCCCUCCAGCUACAACGAUGCGGAGACCAAAUCCACCUUGAUGUUUGGCCAACGAGCCAAGACCAUAAGAAAUACUGUAACAGUGAACUUGGAGCUCACAGCAGAACAGUGGAAGAAGAAGUACGAAAAAGAAAAGGAGAAGAACAGGUCAAUGAAGGAGACUAUUCAGAGACUGGAGGCUGAGCUGAACCGCCUGAGGAAUGGUGAAGAUGCUUUGGGGCAGCUGAGUGAAGAAUCGGAGGAUGCCCCCCUGGCACCUCCAGAAAUGGACGAGCCGGUUCUUGAUAUAUGCAGCCCCUGUACCCCCUGCAGCCCCUUCAGCCCCUGCUCCAUCGCCUCCUCUAUUGUGGUUCAUAUUUCUGAGGAGGAGCGACAGAAAUAUGAGGAGGAGAUCCGCAAGCUUUACAAACAGCUGGAUGAUAAGGAUGAUGAGAUCAACCACCAGAGCCAGAUGGUGGAGAAGCUGAAGGAGCAGAUGCUCGACCAGGAGGAGCUUCUAGCAUCAUCCAGAGGAGACAGUGAGAAGGUGCAGUCGGAGCUCGGCAGGCUGCAGACGGAAAAUGAAUCUGCCAAGGCGGAGGUUAAGGAGGUCCUUCAGGCCCUGGAGGAGCUGGCCGUCAACUAUGACCAGAAGAGCCUGGAGGUCGAGGAGAAGAGCAUGCAGAACAAGCUCUUGGCUGAAGAGCUUUCGAAGAAAAUGGCUCACCUCAUGGCGCUAGAGGCGGAGCUGUCCCGUAUCCAGGAAGUGAGCAGCCACCAAAGAAAGCGCAUCGCUGAGAUCCUCAACGGGCUCAUGAGGGACCUGAAUGAGUUCAGCACCAUCGUUGGAAACAGGGACAUCAAGCUGCCCAUGGAGAUCACUGGUGCGAUCGAGGAAGAGUUCACCGUGGCUCGCCUCUACAUCAGUAAGAUAAAAUCGGAGGUGAAGUCCAUGGUGAAGCGCUGCCGCCACCUGGAAAACCUUCAAAUGGAGUGUCACCGCAAGAUGGAGGAGACGGGCAGAGAGCUGUCCUCAUGCCACCUCCUCAUCUCACAGCAUGAGGCAAAGAUCCGCUCUCUCACGGAGUACAUGCAGAACGUGGAACUGAAGAAGAGACAGCUGGAGGACAGCUAUGAUUCUCUGACUGAGGAGCUGGCCAAACUCCAAGCUCAAGAGCACAUGUCACAGGUCACCAGUGGAGAGAAUCGCACGUCUGUCCAGAGCUCCUGUGAUAUAAAGAGGGCGCUGGAGCAGCAGAUGGAGUCGCACCGUGAGGCACACAGCAAACAGCUUGGUCGCCUCAGAGAUGAGAUCAAUGAGAAACAGAAGAUCAUUGAUGACUUGACUGAUUGUAACCAGAAGCAGCAGCUGGAGUUGGAGCAACUGCACAGUGACUUUGAACGUCUCCGAAGCCAGGAGCAUCACAAGAGUCGGCAGCUGGAGGAACUGACAUUUCUCCAUGAACGACAUGAGCAGUCAAAGCAGGACCUCAAAGGGCUGGAAGAAACUGUUGCUCGUGAGCUCCACACCCUGCACAACCUCCGCAAGCUUUUUGUUCAAGACCUCACGACUCGAGUUAGAAAAAGUGCAGCGAUGGAGCCUGAUGAUACUGGAGGAUAUAUCACGCAGAAACAAAAGAUUUCCUUUCUUGAAAACAACCUGGAACAGCUUACAAAGGUUCACAAACAGCUGGUGCGUGACAAUGCAGAUCUUCGCUGUGAACUUCCAAAGCUGGAGAAGCGUCUCCGGUCUACAGCUGAGCGAGUCAAGGCGCUGGAGGGUGCACUGAAGGAGGCCAAGGAAGGAGCCAUGAAGGACCGCCACCGCUACCAGCAGGAGGUGGAGCGAAUCAAAGACGUAAUGAGGGCUCGUCCUCCCUUCCGACGGCCCCACGCUGCACUGAUAGCCAAACCGGUGCGUCCUGGCCACUACCCAGCCUGCUGUCCCACCAACCCGUUCUUCAUCCGAGGCUACAGCGAUCACCCCAUUGCCUUCUGCAACGCCGUUUUCCAUAACAGAAACAACCAGCCAGCAGCCGCCCCUUCUCCUCCCCAAACACCAGAGGGUGAGCCCAUGUUACCCGAGGAGGACACCCCUAACCAGAACAGCCCCGUCAAACACGUCGACUCCCACAACAAAGACACGCACGACAACGAUGUCCAGAACAGCACAUUUCCAGCUGAAGCUGCAAGUCAAGCAGACAACACUCCAGAGAUGCUCGAUUCAGAGAACGGAAACACCACAGAUAUCAAUGACAACAGCAUGUGUCUGAAUGUGACUUCUGUGUCCAGAACUGAUGUCUGUGACAAUCAGGACAAAGCCAAACUCUACAGCCUGCAGCCCGAGGCCUCAGCCAGCUAAUAGUCCUGAGCAGGCAGACAUUUUUAUCUGAGGGCCUCCUCUGUAAAUCUGCAUGCAGCUGAUCACUGUCCUCCCAGACUCCCCUUCCUCUCCCAGCCUCACCUGCUGUAAACAGACCUCCUGUGUCUCUUUUCUUGCGCCCUGCUUGCUCUUCUUCAAUCCCUUUCUUCCUUUCUGUGCUGUGGUGUGUUUGGGGUAUAUGUGGGUGACAGUUUGGCAAGCACAGCAUCUCAAACGCCUGACCUGGCAGCCCACACCCCGCUCCCCCUCGAGGUGGAAUACAAAAGGAACGCAAAUAGAAAGGUGGGGAAGAGAAGGUGCAGUGCGGUGGGUUACCACUAGGAGGUACUGUUUGACUCGGUGAGGGGCACUGUGAAAAUGAAACUCAUGAAUUCAACAGUGAGCUGAAGUUAGUCUUGAGCAUUGUUAGUAUUAUUAUUGUCAUUAUUAUUAUUAUACAUAUGGAGUAUCUGGAAAUGCAAAAAUACAGAUAUCUGAAAACACAAACUUGAAACGUGUCGAACAACAUGAAAACAGUGUGAAGCUUGUGCUCACUUUACUGAUAUUUACACUUUUGACUGCAUGUUGAUUUUUGAUGUUGGUCUUCGGCAUUUUUCAGAAAACACGUGAGAGAGGAAGAAAGCUAGUCAGGCAGCAUUGUCAUGAAAUUCUCUUCCAAAACCUAAAUGGAGAAGCGAAAGAAAUUUGUUUAAAUCCCAUUAAAAUCCCAUUAAAAGACCAAAAGCGAACAAUGCCCUUCACUGUCUGUCAAUUCUCUCUGACUUCCCCGGUCUGUCUGUGGCUCUGAAUAAAUAUUUAAAAAAACAGGCCAUGAUUAUAUUGUUUCGUUUGAAAAAAGGCUUAGUAAUUUCCUAAAACCACAGGGGCCUGCAGUUUUUAGCAAACAUGACUCAGAGCAGAGUAAAUAUUACAUUUGUCAGGGACUAUUUUCAGCCAUAGAUUAAAAUGCAGUCGAUGCUCUAGUGAGCACUUACAGCAGCAGGAUGGAGUGUGUGGGAUUCACUCUAAAUAAAUCUGCAUUCCCUGAGUUUAUUGUAAUGAACAGGAUAUUAACAAGUGAAAUAGUAUGGCUAAUUAAUGUGUCUUUAAUGGGUUUUGCACACAAGACGGCUAUAUGAGGCUUUGAAAACACAAGCAGUUCUUGUCAGGAUCAGUAAUUCGUUGUUGGCUUUGGUCUUUUAAUGGAAUUGGUUGGAAAACAAAAGAAUAAAAACAGACUUUUCAUUUGGCAAAAUAAUUCUAAAACAUUCUUCUCCCAUCCCCAGAAUAUCAGCCUGAUUAUUAUAUGAAUUUCUAGUGUCAACAGUGUCAGUAAUCAUAGUAACAACAGUUGACUGUUGCCACUUAGACUCAGCUGCGUUAGCUGAAACCUGGCCAAGCUUAAGCUUUGACAAAGACUACUUCUGAUAUUUGACCUUUUUUACUCAAGUUAUACAAAGGAAAAUGUAGUUUCUAUACAUAGUAAAGCAUGUGAAGCUCUUGAAGAGUUUUGUGUUUUGCCAACCUAGAAAACUAGAUGCUAUGUUACAAUGUUUUCUCUUAUUGGAUCAAAAGGAAACAACCUCCUGACCUCUCACAGGUUUUAGAACUGAAUUUUUGAAUCUUGAUGCUUUGUCUUGUUCUGGCAGUGGCAUUAUCUCACAAAGCACAGGAACGACACAGUGCUAAAUGAGGAAGCUGGUUAGAGCAUUGUUUAAAAUAAAAAUACGCAAAUAUUCAGUGGUUAACAUCAGUCGCCACGGCAUGUCUGAUUUUUGAUACGCAUCACUUGCUUUAACUAAUCAGAACCAACCGAGUGAAGACAAAAACACACAAAGGCUGAUUGUUUUUAAAGGACUCAUUGUGUCGUUGUAAAGAGACUUUUAAGCUGUAAAUCAUCCCUAAAAAACUGCCUGUCAGGGAUCGUCUGUGAAAUAUUCAGUCAUUGUCAUGUCAUCUAAGAGCAUGGCGGAGUGAUAACAAAAAAAAGUGUAGCAACUAUUUUUAUACUGCUAGUUUUAGUUAGAAAGAAUAAUAUAUCAUUUAGCAUUUGCACUAACUUGCAAACGUUAUUCAUUUGCUAUUUAUUCCUAAUUUAUACCACUUGUUGAAUGUGAAGCAUUUGUUUUUUAUUUCGAUGCGUAAAUGUUUUAUCCUCAUGUGUUUCUUACAGUAGAAGGUUUCGGGUUUCCACUGUCUAGCCAUUUUUGAAAAUGUAUGCGUGUGUGCGGUUCCAAAAUGAAUCCGUCAAGGAGACGACGACUCUUACGGCUCUUUGUUGAAACGCCUCAGUGAAACCAAAGCCUGAGUUAUAUAAAGAAGAUCUCGAUCCGUAAUCGGCUGUAUCUGUUGGAGACAUGCACAGAGGGUUACUGUGGGUUAUCAAGAGCUGAUACAGUCUUGUCUUAUCCGGCUGAGACACACUCACUGAGAUAUAACCCCUCAUCUGUCAGUGAGGUGUUUCACCUUUGACCUUUUGGGUACAGAUAAGUUAUAAAUCCUGGUUUACUUGGGGACAGUCGGAGUUAUCUCAGCAGAUAAGUUGAUUAACUUAGGCACUGUCUCCAGUGUUGGUUAGUUAUUCCAUGUUACCUCUCAGACUCCCUCUAUUGACUUCCUGAUCAGACAUUCAGGAUGAGCGAGUCAAGGGUGAAAUGGAGGAACUGUACUGAGCAUGUGUGUUCUCAGAAAGACAUAAUUAUCAGUCUCUUGCUGUUUGACUUUCUGUGAUCUUUGAAGUAAAACAGACCAAUAACAUUUUGUACAAUAGCCUCCAAACUAGAGUGUGAAUAAUAAUUACACAUAUGACGAAUAGAUGACCAACUGGAGAGAAGACUGACAGGGAUAGCAACAAACACAGCUGUGUUUAGGAGGAACGUUCAGUGUUUUGUUUUUUUUAACCACCUGGAACAUGAAGUGAAACAUUUUUUGCCUAAACUUGCGUGUAUUAUGGGAUUCAUAUUUCUGUACUGUGUGUUGUACAGUAAACCCUGAUCAAAUUUGAUGACGAUUUGAAGUAUUUGCAUUUUGCUCUAUAAAUAUUUUGAACAAAACCUCGUCUAGGUUUUUGUUCUUCAUUGCAGCCGUUUUAAAGUCUCCAACUCACCUACCAUGCAUGUUGUUGACCUGCGUGACAAAAUACUUGGAGAAAACCUGCACAACCACAGGAAGAACAUGGAAACUUUAUUUGGAAUUAUUUUGAAAGCAUGCACACACAAUGCAUCACUUACAAACGCACAAAGUUACGAAUUUGCCUGCUGCAGUUUACACUAAAUUCAUAGCAAUUUCCUUUUAAACGCAAAGGUGUUUCUUGUUGCUGACCCUCUCCUCUCAUAAAAAAUGGAAGUUUGUCAGAAAUGUAUGCAGCACUUCAGCUGAUUAUUUUCCUGAUGCUCUCUUUGUUCCUCUUCGUUGCUCUUUACUCUCGCUGUAACACUGCAAAUGUUCAAAUUGAGUCAUUCUGAAAGGUCAAAAAGGGUAACCAAAAUUGAAUUUGUUUACAUAACCUAUAGAAACCACGAGCUGAAUGUGAAUAGCUUGUGUUUUUUUCUUUGUUCCUUUUUUUUUUUUUGUCAAUCGUUGAAAACAGAUAUCCUGCCGACGUGCACUUUGGUUGCACAAGGAUCUGUAAAUGUUUGGAUGACUGAGUGUGCGUCUGUUACUUUUCUCACUGUUCUGUUAGUCUCACAGUAACUGUAACCAAACUGAAAAUAUUCUGGCAAGAUAAAUAAUAUGUGAUACCCUAAAUAUGCAGAAAUAGAACUGAAAUGUGAGUGGUUUAAAAAGAGAGGCAAAAUGUCUGUUUGUAUGUACAGUUGUGUGUGUUGGUUGGUUUGUUUAAAGCGUGUGAUUUAGUGCAUGGAGUACUUUCUUCUGUAGCCGCUGAGUAACAGUCCUGUUAUCUCACGAAAACUCAUUUCAAUAAAUAUGAUCCUGUGUACAUAGUGUUAUUA